AUGGCCGACCAGAACAAAGCUCAAGAACAGCCCCAGACAGCUCCUGCUCCGGCCGCCGCUGCUCAGGAGCCCGACACCACCAACUCCGAGGUGAAGCCCACGACCACCGAGUCUGCGCCCGCACCGGAACCUGUCGCUGAGCCAGUAGCUACUCCUGUAGCUGCUGCAGCUCCUACAGCGACCGAACCAGCCACCGCCCCUGCUCCUGAACCGGUCCCUGCUCCAGCUCCCGCCGAGCCAGCUCCGACUCUAGCUCCAGAGGCCAAACCCGAAGCGCAGCCUGAACCCGAGCAGACAGCUGCAGCUCCAGCUCCCGCCGCCCCUGAAGAGACAACGAAGCCGGAGGAGGACAAGAAAGAUGAGCCCUCGAAGCCCGCGUACUUCACCAAGACCCCUGCGCUCGAGCAGCUCUUCGACCGCCUCCCGACAAUCCUUAGCACAACGGGGCACAGCGAGAUGUGGGGUGUGCCCCUGAAGAAUGACGCUACCGAUGUCCCCACCAUCAACGUCCUCAUUAAAUUCCUCCGAGCCAACGCCGGUGAUCUGAAGCUUGCCGAGGAGCAGCUUACCAAGGCGCUGGAGUGGCGCAAGGAGUAUGACCCUCUGACGCUGGUGGAUUCGGAGAAGAAGAGCUAUGCCGAGGCCAAGUUUGGCGGGUUGGGAUACCUGACUACUUAUGAGCGUGAGGGCAAGGGGGACUUGAUUGUGACCUGGAAUAUCUAUGGAGCUGUUAAGAAGAUUGACGAGACUUUCGGAGACAUUGAAGAGUUCAUCAGGUGGCGCACAGCCCUCAUGGAGCUCGCUGUCAAGGAGCUCAAGCUCGACCAGGCUACUACCGUCAUCGAUUACGAUGGCGAAGAUCCCUACCAGAUGAUCCAGGUCCACGACUACCUGAACGUCAGCUUCCUCCGACUAAACCCGACUAUCCGCGCGGCGACCAAGAAGACUAUCGAAGUCUUCAGCACGGCGUACCCCGAGCUUCUGCGCGAGAAAUUCUUCGUCAACGUCCCGGCCAUCAUGGGCUGGAUGUUCGCUCUCAUCAAGCUGUUUGUGAACGAGAACACCACUCGCAAGUUCCAUCCCAUCUCCAACGGCGGCAAUCUGGCCCGCGAGUUCCCUGGCUUGACGGAGAAGUUCCCAAAGGCGUAUGGCGGAGAGGGACCAGAACUCGAGGGCUCCGCGAGGACCGUCGCCCUUACCAAGGAGUAG